AUGUACGUUCUCGGUGACAAAAAAUCAAUAUUCUUCUAUGUUCGACUCAUUGUUCUCGGAUUUAUCUCUACUGUCCUACUUUUCUGGUUGUAUCGGAGUUCCAGACAUUUUCACAAAAAACUACUUCGCAAUUACGUCCGCUGGAAUCAUUCGAUGAAUACCACCUCAAUCCCUUGCGAAGACCUUCUGUACGAGUGGAGCCCCGAUCAACAAGUUUUAUUGAUUGAUUUGGAGUUUUUGGAAAAAUUGGAUAAUGAGGCGGAAGGAUGUAUGUGGAAUGUGACGGACAGAAUUCGGAUCGCUUUGGACAUCAAGUCCUUCUCGAAUCCUCUCCCCAAUUAUACCCGAUUCGAUAUUGCCUAUUAUUCGAAUAACUCCAGCAAAGACUACUUGAAGUUCCAUAUCGAUGGCCCAAGGAUUAUACCCAAAAAAUUCGAUACUCGUUGGGCUGGGAACAUCGAGGUUCCGAAAGAUUCGAAGAGAUUUGCUGGAUUUUGGCGUAGAUCAAAAUUUCAGGAGUGUCUAGCGCUCGAUAUGAAUAGGAAGGAUACGGAUAAGCCCCCCGUCCUCCCCGCACAAUCAUCCACAAACACCUUAUCCUUACUCCGAGAUGAACUAAUCGAUAUGGGAAUGUACCCCUAUUUAAACAGUGGGACACUACUCGGAUGGUAUCGUGAAUGUACAGUAAUCCCACAUACCAAAGAUAUGGAUUUGGCGGUUUUCAAGGAGAACUACAAUCCGGAGUACGCGGAGAAAGUUUUGAGAGGAGAGACUGAUUUCAAGUUGAUUCGGAAACUGGGAAGGUUGGAAGACUCCCUUGAGCUUACAGUAACCCCUGAUGGACGGAAUAAUCCGAGGAUAGAUAUAUUCUUGAUGUAUGAUUAUGUGAAGGAUGGGAAAUUGGUGUACCGAUAUACUCCUGGUCUUGAAGGCGACGGCACGAAAAUCAGAUUCACUCAUUUCGUACUAGACCAAUCUUGUGCCGCAGACCUUCAUGAUCAUAUUUUUUGGGUGCCGUGUGAUGCGAAAGAGCAGUUGAAGCACGAAUACGGUCCACUAUGGUAUCAAGAUCACCCAUCUGAACAGUAUGAUUGGAACAAGUCGCCAAAGAAUAUUGUGAUUGCGGGGAAAUUUACGAAAAAGGAGUUGAGGAAGUAUUAUGUAGAGCAUAAAUAG